AUGGAAACCAGGCCACUGUGGUGGUCUCGACUGUUAGCUAAAUUACUGAGCAGAAAGCGGGCAGCCUGGAAGAGGUUCACCGCCACCAACGGCCACUCGAGAUAUCUUCAAUACUUGAAGGAGCGCAAGACCUACGAUAGGGCCCAGUCCAAUUCAAACAAACGCUAUGAGCUCACACUGGCACAGAAGCGUAAGACGCGCCGGAAAGCAUAUUACGGUUAUGUACAGUCGAAGGCAGCCACUAGGGAAGCCAUCGGAAGUAUCCAUGACACCGGUGGCAACCCAACUCUCACUUGCUUAAAAAAGGCUUCCGCUCUACAACAACAUUAUGAAGCGUCGUACACUGUGGAUCUGGGCAAUGCUCUGCCGGAUCACAGUAUCACGACGGAGUGCCCUAAGGAUAAACUCCUAAGCGAGCCACAGGAAGUGGAAAAAAAUAUCGAAGCGUUAGACAAAAACAAAUCUGCAGGUCCAGAUGACAUACGUCCAGCGAUCUCAAAACCACUGAAGAGUAUUGUAGCACGUCCAGUAGCCAACCUAUUUACCAAGUCACUCGAGACAGCAAUCCUCCCAAGGGACUGGAAAGCGGCCAUAGAUAACCCUAUCUAUAAGGGGUGA